UUGACAGCUCCCACUGUCACCCAUCGCAUUCUCACAUUUUACGCAGGGAUAGAUAGGGAAGAAAAACAGCUCACAAACGGCGUGAACAUAAUCCUUCCAAAUAAAGGAAUCCCGUCCCGUAUCCUGGUUGGCCAGUGGUAAAAACGCCAAACUUACCCAUUUUCCUAGCGCCUGCAAUCCGGCUUACCGUAGCACAGCACCCGCACGAUGGCAACACAAACGGCAACGGUAGCAGCUGCCGGCAGCACCACGAGCGGCAAACCAAAGGAGAAAAAAAGUCAAGAAGUAAUCGCGGCCGAAUUUCAGCAGCUGCGGAAUCAGCAACUAAAUUUGGUCAACAACUUAAACGCGAUCGAGUUGGAUCUUAAAGAGCACAAAACCGUAAUCGACACACUGAAAAUGGUGGAACCUAGUCGAAAAUGUUUCCGAUUAGUCGGUGGCGUGCUGGUGGAACAAACCGUGGAGGUGGUGCUACCACAGCUCGAGCUGAACAAAACCCAGCUGGAGAAGCUGAUCGAGGAGGGCAAGGAGCAGAUCGCGAAGAAGGGUAUCGAGAUAAAUCAGUACAAGGACGAGCACAACAUCAAAAUACGGGGCCAGGAACCGACGCCACCGGCAGCGAGCGACAAGGAAAACGCGGCCGACGAUAAAUCGUCCGGCAACCGGAACGUGCUGAUAGGCAACCUAUAGGAAGGUUGGACCGAUGUUGCGUGCUUCCCUGGGCCGACAACCAAACGCCGGCUAGCUUUUGUUUUCCUUGUUCACCCGCUUCUCUGUCUGUGUUGUGUCCUGUGGUCGGGUGGAGCAGGUUCCACCAAACGGCGAAAUGACCUUUAAUGAGAUCAUUAAGAAGUGGAGUACUUUAACGCUCAUGCACACAGAAACACACUCCCUUAAGGCCUUGACUUAGGUGUGGAGGCUCUCGUGGGUGCGGAAUUGAAUUUCCUCUACUCAACACAAAGCAAAACACCAUUUAACUCCAUCGCUCCAAUACACUCACACACACCAUUCACCUGCGCACAGCUGAUUAGGCCUCGUUCUGGAUUGUUAAUUUAACGAAUAAGAACCGAUUGAACGAAGAGAUAAGAAAAGAGCAGACGAAAUAAGAUGCAAUAACAUACAAGA